AUGUUCCGUUCGGCGGCCCGUUUUUUUGGCACGAAAAGCACAGCGCUAGACGCGGCGCCCGUGAAAAUACAGCCCUACUUGGCCGCAAAGCAGUUUGUGCCCGAAGAUGCGUCCAAGUCCAAGGUCAGAGCGUUGAGAAGAAGAGAAAACAGAAUGAAGAGGCAAAUCAUCCGGGACGUGAACAACUUGAAGAAACACUCGCUUAAACGCGAGGAGUUCAAGGUGGACCCAGUUUUGGGUGCCGAAAACAACAAGUUCAUCAGCAGAAUGUACCAGGAGUUGGAGGACCCGGCCAAUUUGGCCUACGGCUACAACCGAGAGGAGUUUGAAAAGCUAUUGUACGGAGCGCAAAAGGCCGCUUUGGACUCGAGCAUCGGCGGCGAGGUGAUCACGGAGCAGAUCACGAAAACCGAGGAGAAAAAGAAGAGGGCCUUGUUGACCAUUUUGAACAUGAAGAACUCCAACGCGGCAGACAAACGCAAGUUGGCCACGGAAAUGGCCCGCAAAGAGUUUGCCAGAUUUGAAGGCGACACAGGCUCGCCCGAGGUCCAGGCGGCGAUCAUGACCGUCAAGAUCCACUUUGGUUUUGAGCAUGUCAAGAAGGCGCCAAAGGACAAGGCCCACAUUCAAAGCGUGCGGGAGUUGGUGCAGCAGAGACAGAGCAUCUUGAAGUACUUGAAGAGAGACGACCCGGAAAAGUACUACUACACCAUUGCCAAGCUUGGAUUGACCGACGACGUGGUGACUCGCGAGUUUCAACAUGGACAGACAAUAUUUCCAGGACUACCAGGUGUGGGGCGACAAGCAGUUGGUCAAGUUGUCGGAGAAGCAAAAGAAGAGAGAACAGCACUUUGCUGA